AUGCUCGACGGCGAAGAUGAGGGCGAAGAAGGCGAAGACGAUGCUGGUGGGCUUUCUGGCGAGAGAGAAGAGUCGCGAGCUGCUGCUGCAGAGAAGAGGGCUGGGGGGGGAAGAGUGCGAGACGCCGGUGGAGGGGCGCAGCAAGGGGUCGUCCGACUAACUAGCGAGCUAAAGCGGGCGCGAGUGACGAUUUAA